AGCGCGUUAUUGUGGUAAACAGGUACAGAGGAAUGGCACGCGGCGCGUCUCUGACAAACUCACGGCGCUUCACGAGCGCACGGACCGAGGACACCCAGUGUCUCUGACCCACUUCAUUGGAUGUUAUAACUCCGGAUGGGAUAUAUGCUUUCUGCCCCAUUUCUGUUUCUCAAAACCACCUCUUGCUCUUUGUUUUUGAACAUUUUUCUUUGCGAUCACCCGGCACACUUCCCUCCCGAUACCAUUCCCACCCCUGUCAUCACCACUUCAGCACCCAGACCUCUCUCAUUCCGCAUCUGCACCCAGCUCUCGCUUCGGGCGGAUCCUCCGGUCAUCCUGAAACAGCUGCUUCAUGGGGCACACUUCUGGAAAAUGUCCCCCUCUUGGCUUUUAAGCUUAUCUGCAAAGUUGAUAUCAUUAAGAGCGGGGCUGCCGUUGCGCGUCUCUGAACUGUGUCCGGGGAACUGAAAUGGGUUUCUCGGUGUCGGCGGCCCUGCACGAGCCCCGAAGUCCGCAACAGUGGAGCCGGAUGGUGGGACAGUGGGCAUGGAUUGCGGUCUUGUCAUUUCUUGCCACUUUCCCGGUGCAACAACUUGGCGCGUUCCCGUCCUCUCUAAGCGACUGUCAGACUCCGACUGGCUGGAAUUGCUCGGGUGAUGAUGACCGGGACACAGAUCUUUUCCUUUGUGACACCAACACAUGCAAGUUUGAUGGUGAAUGUCUCAGAAUUGGGGACAUAAUAACAUGUAUAUGCAACUUCAAGUGCAACAAUGAUUAUGUUCCAGUGUGUGGCUCCAACAAUGAAAACUAUGAAAAUGAGUGUUUUCUUCGGAGGGAUGCCUGCAAACAGCAGACUGAAAUUCUGGUGGUCUCUGAAGGGUCCUGCCCUGCUGAUGCUGGUUCAGGAUCAGGAGAUGAAGCAGGAAAUGAGGGUUCAGCGGAGAAUGGACAGAAGGAGACGUCCACCUGUGACAUUUGCCAGUUCGGGGCCGAGUGCGAUGUGGAUGCGGAAGAUGUCUGGUGCGUCUGUAACAUCGACUGCUCCCACAUUAGUUUUAACCCCGUGUGUGCAUCAGAUGGCCGUUCCUAUGACAACCCCUGCCAGGUCAAAGAGGCAUCAUGUCAGAGGCAGGAGCGAAUCGAGGUCAAAUUCCUGGGUCACUGUCAGGGCGACAUGAUAACAGGCACGAAAGCAGGAGAUGGACAGUAUGCCAGGACAGACUACACAGAGGAGAAGCCUGAAGUAUCGGAGGUGGCGAGGGGUCUCUACAUUCCCUGCCCUGAACACUAUAAGAACUAUUGUAUUCAUGGAGACUGUGAAUAUCCCAACAUGCUCUCUACACCAUCCUGCAGCUGUCAUUCAGGAUUCAGCGGUCCGCAGUGUGACACGAAGGAGUACAAUGUGCUGUAUGUGGUGCCUGGUUCCGGAAAGCUCCGUUACGUUCUCAUCGCGUCUGUCAUUGGAGCUCUGCAGGUGGCCAUCAUAUGUGUAGUGGUGCUGUGUAUCACCCGGAAGUGCCCACGGACCAACAGAAUCAACCGACAGAAACAAAACACAAUGCACUACAACUCUGAAAACACCCUGCGUGCUUCCACCCGCCUCAUUUAAGUGCUGGGAGCAGAGAAUUAUGGGAAACAUAGUUUGGACAGAGGACAGACAACAAACAUGCACUCUCCGUCCCCUGUACAGAGACAUUGCAUCCUAGUGGAUGAUGGAACAGAGGGGAGAAGGAGGAAGGUGCAGAUUUACCAGAGGGCGAUGGGUUCUACACGCGAUGCCUUGCACCUGUGGCACAGGACACAAACAGAGAAUUUUAGGACACCAUGAUAGGACAAGUCCUGUUAUUUGGUUAUGUAUAGGUAAUAUUUCCAAUAGUUAAUUUGUUUGUCUUGAUGGGGUCCUUUUUCUGUAAUGUAAAUAAAUAAUUUAUAUCACAAACAUGUUGUGCCUUUUCUUAUGUGGAUGCCGUGAUGUCUGAUGAAUGUCUGACAUGAAUGUACUGUAUAGGGUAGUUAACCCUUAUGAAUUGCCAUGUUAGUGUGGUUUAAAACUUGCUGACAACUCUUUAGGGAUAUUGUCAGUCAUAUGUUUUGAUAAAAGGUGAAGGUAUUAGUUUGUAAUAGAUGAAAACAAAUAGAUUUAUAAAGUGUGGAAGACAGGAAGCUUUGGAAAUUUCCGGCAUUCCUAUUUAAUGUAUCUAGUAGAGCUCCAGUACAUCUUUGUUCUUACAGUUUCAAUGGGGUAAAUAGAAAUCCUUGAUUAAAAUGAACAUAUUUUUGUCUGUAUGUGCACAAAUGUAUAUCUGUGAGCUCUUCCCACAGAAUAUUUAUCUUUAGAAUAACAUGUUUUUAUAUUGAAUGCAGAAAUGAAUUGUAGUACUAGCCUUACCAAAGUGACUGUGAUGGUACUUUGAUUUAUACCAUGGUAUACGGUUGUGCUUUCUGGUACUUUUUUGUAAGGGUAGUUACACUGUGUUGCAGUAGAGCCUAUGAAUCUUGUAUGUGAUGUGCAAAUAAAUUCUGGCUCCUCCAUAGAUAAUGCUGUUAAAAAGUAAUGGCACCAAAACUACA